GAGUUUGUUGUUUUGAGUUUUGGAAUCUGGUUGUAAUUCUUGCGUUAUUUAUUUAUAUUUUUUGAUCAAAUAUUUUGAGAGAUGAACGGUUUUUUCCUCUUUGAACUGAAAUCUAUGGUCUCCAAGCAUUCUUAUUUGAAAUACUUGUAGGACUUUAUUAUUCUUUCUCGGUUCGGUUUCGUUCGAAACACAUUUCAUAAUGCCGCAAGGAAAACGAAAAGUGCCUUUCAGUACGAAGCAGAAGAAAAUUCAACUUCAGCAACGUAGGGAAAGAAAACAUGAAGGGACGAAUUCCAAAGAUGAUACAUUAGUUCAUAGUAUGAGCUCUAACAAAGAAAGCUUUGAUGAUGUUGAAGUCAUAAAUGAACAACCUACAUCCAGUGCAAAACAUAAUCCUAACAGGUAUCGCUUAGUUUUUAAAAAAGAGAAACAUGAAGAUGUGAAGAAAAGACUUGAGUUAGCAAAACAACCCUUUGAACGGUUACCAGAAAGCAGCCUUGAAGUCAGCUAUGAAGAUGUUUUUGUUCCUGGAUCAGAACUCGAUAUGCCAAAGCGUCCGUGUUGGGAAUUUUCCUACACCAAAGAGCAACUAGAUGCUCGUGAGCAAAAAUAUUUUCGAGAGUAUUUAGACAACUUAGAAUCAAAAUUUGGUGAGCAGGAAUUAAGCCAUUUUGAAAUGAAUCUUGAAACAUGGCGACAACUAUGGAGAGUUUUGGAGUUUUCUGAUAUUGUUUUGCAAGUUACCGACAUCAGAUUUGCUGUAUAUCAUUUCUCCCCAGCUUUGUAUGAUUAUGUGUCAAAAGAUUUAAAGAAAAGCAUGGUUAUUGUUCUGAAUAAAGUAGAUUUAGUUCCUGCUCCUUUAGUUCUGGCUUGGCAAGAGUAUUUUAAGAAGCAUUUUCCUAUGCUUAAAGUAAUGUGUUUUGCUUCAUAUGCUGGAAUGAUACUUAAAGAAGGUAAAAGAGGGCGAAGGGUUGGAAACUUGCACAUGGCUGUUGCUGGAGCACGAAACCUUUUAAAAUUAUGUGAAGAAAUAGUUGGUGAUAAAGUAAAUUUAACGAGUUGGAGAGAAAAAAUUGACAUUGAAGCAUCCCAAAUUGGAACCAGUGGUGAUUCUUACGUGGAUUCUCCAUUUGAAAUAGAAGAAAGUACAGAUGAUAUUAAAAGGAAUAAAGAAAGUACUGUUGUUAAUGAUACAAGUCCUUAUAGUGGUGAAAAAUAUAGAGACAAUAUUGUUACAAUUGGAUUUGUGGGUCAUCCCAACGUUGGGAAAUCUUCAUUUUUGAAUGCAAUAUGUGGUAGGAAAGUUGUGAGUGUUUCAAGAACACCAGGUCAUACAAAGCAUUACCAAACUAUUAUGUUGACAAAAAAUAUUAGACUUUGUGAUUGCCCUGGUUUAGUCUUUCCAUCUUUAGUUCCUAAACCCAUUCAGGUUCUGAUGGGAUGUUAUCCUAUAGCUCAGCUCAGAGAACCGUAUUCAGCUAUCGCAUUUUUAUGCCAACGUGUUCCACUUCAAAAUAUUCUUAAACUAAAACAUCCUGGAUUGGAAUAUUCUGAACCAGGAGAAGAACUUAAAUGGUCAUCGUUUGAUAUUUGUGAAGCUUGGGCUAUAAAACGUGGCUUUCAUACUGCAAAGACCUCAAGACCUGAUGUAUAUCGUGCUGCUAAUAAUAUCUUAAGAAUGGCAUUAGAUGGACGGACAAUUUGCUUAGCAUUCUAUCCUCCGAGUUUUACUAAAGAAAAAGAAAUGUGGAAAAAUCAUGCUGGUCUCCAUGAAAUCUUAACUGUGCAAGCGCACCGUGGAAAACAUGGGGAAGCAAUUUCAUCUCAAAUCAAAACUGUAAAAAUUUCGGAGGAUACAGAAGACUACGAUGAGUCAGAUAGUGAAGAGGAAGAUGAUUCUAGGAAUGAUGAAGCUGAUAGUGAAGACAGUGCAGAAGCCCCGUCCUCUGACAAUAAAUUCAAGCUUUUGGGUGAAGAAGUCACUUGUUAGGCAUUACCUUAGCCCAGUUAAUCAAAGCAUUUUUUUCAUUAAUAGAGCAUUUUCUUUUUUUUCUUUUCCUGCUUAAAUUUUAUGCACAAUUUUUCUCUUUUCUUCAGAUCCGUAAGUUUCCUAAUUUUCAUUUGUCAUACGUUAUGCUAUUCCUUUAUUUUUUUAUUAAAUAAAAUUUCCAACCUUAUUCUAAAAUUUUCAGGAACUGAAUUUUAAAGUUCAAUAAACUACACAGUUUCAAGGUUCAAUCCUUAAAUUCUUAUCAGACAAUAUGCCAUUUAAAAAGUUUCUCUUUUAUUUAAUCAGUUUAAUCCCUCGACUCAAAUGAAAUUCCAAUUAAUCUAUUUGAAAACAUUUUCUACUCUUAAUAUUUCUACACAUAAAUCAGUUUUUUCCACACCCUGUAUAUCACAGGUGUGUUUAUAACCUUAGUUUUAGACCACCAUUCUAUGAAUAAUUUGUGCAUGAUUUGAUUACCUGGGCAAAAACAUCAGUAUUUCAAUACCUAGUAAUAUGUAGAGUUAAAGUUUGGAUUACCUAAAUUUCACAGAACUAUGCACACAUCUUUAAAUGUAAAAAGUAGAAAUUGUGCCUGCUGUUGUUUCUGAUUUCAUAUAAAGUCUAGUAUUUAUAUUUUUGCUUAUUUGCAUUCCAUGAGUAAUUUAUAUUUGUCUUUUAAAUUAUAUUGAUGAUUGUUUCUGCAUAUUAAUAUUUUUAUAGUCUAUUUUUCUUCUCUACUGUUAUAAACUAUAGAGAUACUAGUGCUUACAAAUAAGCUUCAUGUUAAUCUGAAUAUAUGUAAAUAAAAUAUUUUUCUCCUGAAAAAAAAAAGUGUACAUAUAUUUCUGUCAAUUUCAGCUUCCUCUAGCUCAAGUUAUAAAAUAUUUUUUGGCAGAGAUUGUGUGUAUAUAUGUAUACAUAUAUAAUACUACUUGUUCAAUCUUAGUUGUGAACUUAAAAUAUUCAUAAUUAAAGUGAUGAUCAUUGUAAUAUUUUAUUACUUAAAAAAAAUCUUCCUUUUCCAUACACAAAUUAAUAUUUUAAUAUUUCCAGGGGAUCAUACAAAUAGUGAAAUAAUAAAAAAAAUUAAGAUAUAUUGAGUCUUUCUUUUUUUUUUAUUAUUAUUAUUAUUAUUAUCACGCAGAAAUGUUUGCCCUCGAAUCCCCAAUUAUCAAAACGUAAGUUCUUAAAGUCUCAAAAUUUUAAGAAAAGUCGCCAAAUUUAAAGGCUUGACGAGAAGUUCAAAGUUUAAACUUCUGCAUCUGUGUGCAAAAUGUGUAAAAGAUGUCUUCCAUUAUACCCGGAAAGUCGCUAAAUUUGACAGUAAAAAUAAUUAAAUCAAAAGAGAAGUUCAAGGCAGGUGGGAUGCUUAAAUAAAAGCAUUACUACAGAAAUAUGCAAGGAGGCUGUGUGAAAAAACUUCAUUCAAAAUAGCCAAACAGAACCUUUCUCAGUGGAACAAUACAAUUUUAGUUUAUUUUUUAUAUUUAACUAUUGUAGAUUUUACAUUUUAUUAUUUUAUUGAAAUGUCAUACUGAAGUAUAUUGGAAACUAUUGUUUUAAUUUAACCUAUAUUUUAAGCCUAAAUUAACAUGCUAACAUUAAAAACAUAACCAUUAUUAUUUUUAAGCAAGACUUGAUAGGAAAAAAAAUCAAGUCAUACUGAUAUUUUGCACAUAAAAUCAGUUUGAUAAAAUCGUGCACCAAAAUGUGUUCCCCUGUGUAAUCUUUGUAUCAAUAAAAGCCAAAUGCCAACCAUGUGUGUUCUUUUUAUUAUUAUUAUUAUUAUUAUUAUUAUUCAGGGGCUAAAAUUCAAGGGGGAUGGGAUUACUGCCCAAAUUUUUCCGAUCCCCUCUGAAAUAAUCAAUUUCAUACAAAGUGAGUACUUGUUGUCAAUUGUCUAGUAUUGCUAUGCUUAUGUGGGCUACCAAAUACAGCCUGUUUAAUAGUGCACACAAAAUUGCUCUAAUUAUUAUCUAUAUAGUAUUCAAAAGUACAGCAAAAACUUUUGAGUAAGAGGCGUACAGUGGCUUAAGUUUUUAUUCCCUUCAGUUUAUUGGCUUGUAAAAAUCUUUAUGUGCAACUAUAAUUAUUAUACUAGCAUUAAUAUUACUAGGCUAGCAUUGUCAAAAAAGAACAAGGUCAAGCAUUCUGCCUCUGCAGGGCAGGGGAUGACCCUAAAAAACCCUGCUCUCUUUGUGGCCCUAAAAAAUGUAGAUGUUAUUAUCAAUGGCAGGUUUUACUUAUUAUUAAAUAAAAACAUUUAUUUAUGAAAGAGGAGAUUUUUUUUUUUUUUUUUUUGGCCUGAAACUUUUUUCAAUUUAUUUUACAUUACCAUUAAAUGAAAAGCAAAAUCUAUUGCCUUUGGGAUUUGAAAUUUUCUCUCAAAGUUUUUAACAUUCAUUUCUGAAAUUUGACUUAAGUCUAAUUGAUUAAAAAAAGGACUUUUUUUAUGAGACUGCUAUUAUUCCUACUACAUUUCUAAUUUCUUUUCUUUUUUUUUUUUUUUUUUUUUUUUUGGAAUAUUGGUGGAAAAGAUGUUAGAUAGAGACAGAUUGUUUAAAAUUUGGAUAAAGUUGCGGGAAAAAGAUAUAUUGAAUGUGGACUGCAAUAUGAUAUGUAGAAGGUUAAAACAAUUAAAUGUUGCUACUUUUCUCUCCCCGCCCCCUUUCCAAACAAAUAAGAUUUGUUCCACAAAGUUGGAGGGUAGGCCCGUAUUUCUUUUUCUUUUUCUGAAGAUGGUAGAGAACAGGGCUAAUACAUAUAUUAUAUCAAUCAACAAUCAUCCCUCCCACCCAUAUGUUACUUUCUACAAUACAUUACUUUCUAACCCCCUCAAUGACAGACUUGCUGGAGGGCAAUCUCCCCUUCUUGUAAGAUUUUAAUUUUAGCCUCUAACUUUAAAUCAAUUAUUACCUUAAAUAUGUAAGAAUCAUUCGAAUUGAUGUAAAUGUAUAAUAGUGCCUAAUUGAAUUCUCUGUUCUAAAUUGUUACAGUUGAAAUAUGUAUAUAUAGAGAAUAAAAAAUAUAUUCUAA